GGCAGAGCCGUGUCCAUGCACACAGCCCAGCUGUGCUGCCACAGAGCAGAUCCCAGCCUGUGAGGCAGAGCCCGAGGAGCCAGUGGGAUCCUGGAAACUUUCAUGUGCCUGUGUGCCAGAGAGGGGGGAGAGGGAGACCUGGAGCAAAGGCGAGUAGGGAGGAAGGCAGGGAGAGAAGGGAGCUCUCCUCACACGCUGCUGAGGCUCUCAGAGGCAGGCUGUACGUGCAGCUCCCCGGCUGGUGUGCAGUCCGAAGGACAACAUUCAUUGACUCUGCUCAUUGAAUCGCUGAAGGACAGAUAUGACACCCAACUGCUGCUUCUACAUGUUCUUGCUUAUUGGUACCAAGGUCACCUGUGACUCUUUGGAAGAUCAUGUUUCUGGAGCUGGCACCAGGUGCCCCCUGGGCUACUUUCCAUGUGGCAAUAUCACAAAGUGUUUGCCCCAGCAGCUGCACUGUAAUGGUGAGGAUGACUGUGGCAAUCGGGCUGACGAAGACAACUGUGAGGACAACAAUGGAUGGUCUCUGCAAUUUGAUAAACAUUAUACAAAGGACAAAUACAAUAAACUGAAAUCUCUGUAUGCAUUUCAGACAAAGACACCUGAGUGCCUGGCUGGUGAUGUGCCAGCAGAGUGUACCUGUCAAGGGCUGGAGGUUUUCUGUGAUGCUGCCAAAUUACGUGCUGUGCCAUCAGUCUCUUCAAACAUAACCAUAAUGUCUCUUCAGAGGAAUCUGCUAAGAAAACUUUCUGCUGAUGUUUUCAAGAAAUACCAAGAUCUUAAAAAUCUGUAUCUUCAGAAUAAUAAAAUCAGAGCCGUAUCUGAACGCGCUUUCAAAGGUCUAUACAACCUGACAAAACUAUACCUGAGCAACAACAAGAUAACGAAUUUGGAGCCUUUUGUCUUUGCAGACCUUCACAGACUUGAAUGGCUGAUAAUUGAAAACAACAGGAUAAAUCGGAUCUAUCCAUUAACAUUCUAUGGACUCAAAUCUCUAAUUCUUCUAGAGAUGAUGAAUAAUUCUCUUGCACGUUUGCCUGAUAAACCUCUGUGCCAGUAUAUGCCAAGAUUAAACUGGCUAGACCUUGAAGGCAACCAUAUCCAUCAUGUGAAAAAUGCCACUUUCAUCUCCUGCAGCACUCUAACUGUACUAGUGAUGAGACGAAAUAAAAUCAGCUCCCUAAAUGAAAACAGCUUUUCUUCUCUCCAGAUGUUAGAUGAAUUAGAUUUGGCUAGCAACAAGAUUGAAUCACUUCCACCAUAUAUAUUUAAGGAACUAAAGGAGCUUUCACAACUGAACCUUUCUUACAACCCCAUCAAGAAAAUCCAAAUAGACCAGUUUGAUUUUCUAAUUAAACUCAAAUCCCUCAGCUUGGAGGGCAUUGAAAUUGCAAACAUCCAGAGGAGAAUGUUCAGUCCCCUGAGAAACCUUUCCCACAUAUAUUUUAAGAAAUUCCAGUACUGUGGGUAUGCUCCUCACGUGCGCAGCUGCAAACCCAACACAGAUGGGAUUUCCUCCCUCGAGAAUCUUUUAGCUAGCAUCAUACAGAGAGUAUUUGUCUGGGUUGUAUCAGCCAUUACCUGCUUUGGAAACAUUUUUGUUAUCUGCAUGAGGCCUUACAUCAGAUCAGAGAACAAGCUGCAUGCCAUCUCCAUAAUGUCUCUCUGCUGUGCUGACUGUCUGAUGGGAAUAUAUUUAUUUGUGAUUGGAGCUUUUGAUCUUAAAUAUCGUGGAGAAUACAACAAGCACGCUCAGUUGUGGAUGGACAGUAUUCACUGCCAGUUGGUCGGAUCGCUGGCUAUUCUGUCUACAGAGGUGUCAGUCUUACUGUUGACUUAUCUGACUUUGGAAAAAUACAUCUGCAUAGUUUAUCCUUUUAGGUGUUUGAAGCCCAGAAAAUGCAGGACAAUUUCCAUUUUGGUUCUUAUCUGGAUAAUCGGAUUUGCUGUUGCUUUUAUCCCACUGAGCAAUAAGGAAUUUUUCAGGAACUACUAUGGCACCAAUGGAGUCUGUUUUCCUCUUCACUCAGAACAAUCAGAAAGUUCAGGAAGUCAAAUUUAUUCUGUUGUGAUUUUCUUAGGUGUAAACUUGGCAGCUUUUAUCAUCAUUGUGUUUUCCUAUGGGAGUAUGUUCUACAGUGUUCACCAGACAGCUAUUAUGGCUACUGAAAUUCGGAAUCAUAUUAAAAAAGAGAUGAUCCUUGCUAAACGUUUUUUCUUCAUUGUAUUUACUGAUGCACUAUGUUGGAUACCUAUUUUUAUUUUGAAACUCCUUUCUUUACUUCGAGUAGAAAUACCAGGUACCAUAACUUCUUGGGUGGUGAUUUUUAUACUGCCAAUAAAUAGUGCUUUGAAUCCUCUUCUCUACACUUUGACUACACGACCUUUCAAAGAAAUGAUUCAUCAGGUUUGGUACAACUACAGACAAAGAAGAUCCAAAAGAGGUAAAGGCAGCCAGAAACCAUACGGUCCAUCAUUCAUUUGGGUAGAGAUGUGGCCAAUGCAUGAAACCACACCUAAAGUUACAAAGCCUGUGCUUUGUACAGACUCUUCUGAUGCUUCAGUGACUACACAGUCAACAAGAUUAAAUUCAUACACGUAAUUAUGGUUUGAAUCCUCACGGUGACAUCGGCACUGUUAGCUUCACAUCCGUGGGCUUGCUGCUUUACAGCCAUGAGGAAAAUGAGGGAGGUGUGACAUCAGGGCCCACGUGAACCACAGCAAGAAGAAGAGGGAGCCAUGUGUCUCUUUGCAGGUAGAACUGGCAUUUUACCAUCUCAAGCUGUACCUGACAUUUUGACAAUUCAUCCUAGAUCAGAAUGAGAAAUCGGUUGUUUGGGGAUUUUUUCUUCCAGAAGCCAAGAGUGUGGAAAAAAAAUGAAUUGUCAUUUGAAACAUCUCACCCUGAAAGCAGAUUGUUUCAAAAUCAUCUGUUUAUGGGGAAGUGUGUGUGUGUGUAUGUGUGUACGUAUGUGUAUUUUCUUUUUUCUUCUUGUAAGUUCCCAUUUCAACAGUUGAUUUUUUUAAGAGUUAAUUGAUUUUCUCAUUAAGAAAUGUAUUUUCUCCUUAAAGUUUCUGACUUGCUCUAUUCAGGCUGCAUCAUCUCUUCAAAAGUUUUAAGGAGCAAUAGCCGUAAGAAAAACAUUCAAAUUUCAUGAAUAGGUCAGUUAACUAUAUUUGUCAAAGCCAAAAAAAGUGAAAAUUAUAUUACUUUUACAAAUGUACAGACUAUUUCGCUCAUGUAAAGGCAAUAGUGAAAUUGUAAUGAUAGUUCUGCUACAGUCACCAGGUUGGACAAGCCUUGAUCAGCCUGGUCUACUGGGAGGUGUCCCUGCCCAUGGCAGGGAGAGGCUGGGACUAGAUGAUCUUUAAGAUUCUGAUUCAGGCAGAACCAGAACUGUGAUGAAGAAAUAAACAAAAAUUAGAGGUUUGUUUUGUUUGGUUGGUUUUUUUCCUAAGUGAGUGUCCCCCAGCUUUAACUGGUGGCAGUUUCCCCUGUCUUACUCUGGAAAGACUGGACUGAGUAUGCCAGCACCUUGCUGCUUCUCUUUUCCUCUUUUCUUAACAGGCUACCAAAAGUAGCUCACCACAGCUUGCAGACUUCAACAAAUUCCAGUCUUAAGCUGUAUCUCCAUGAACAAGGGAGAUGGUCAAAUAGAAAAUUAUCAGUCUUAAUAGGUGUCACGGCUCACUUUGAGCAUGACUGGAUGCAUUAUAGUUAGAGUAAUUGAAAGACUGCAGACAUUCAGCACUUUUUGAAGCAUUAUUUUACUUCCCAGAAGUACAAGGGUAAAAUACAAAAUAUCCCAUCUGAAACAAUCCCCUAGAGGCAGUUCAUUCACACUUUUUUACUGAAGAGAAUGUUUUCUAAUAUGAAUUAUUACAGCUUCCCUUCUUCUUUCAGUACCGUAUUCAGUCUGAUGGCCUAGAAGCCCAAAAAGGUAAAAAAAAGCUCUUUUUUUUUUUGCAUUGAUUUGAAACUAUUUAAAAUUAAGUUAAAAGAUACUUACAAUGUUUGCACUUAACUUCUUAGCAGUAUAAGAAGUAGAAUUUUGAAAAAGUGUGGCUCACACUUCAACUGUUUACAGAACUUUGGAUUAUCUUUGGAUUUGAAACUGAAGAUUGUUAAGCAUCUUGUUUCCACUACUGUAUGUUCUAUUGAAAUAAAGCAUUAUCUGCUGAACAAAA